AUGAGUCACGAAAUCGACUAUGUCCCCAGACACGAGAAACCGAUUGUUGUCAUCCUCGGGUUCCUCAACAGCCUUGAAAAACAUUACGACUCACUGAAAGUCUUCUACGAAAAAUUUACGUGAGUAUCACUGCAUUAAUCCUUACUUUAACUUUUUGAGUCAACUCAAUGUCAGCAAUCUUAAUAUGCCAUAACAUUUCAGACCACAUGUCCUAGUGUUUGUACCAAAGAUGUUUGACGCAUUAUUCUGGCCGAUCGAGGAUAAUCGGCCGUUCUUGGAAGAGAUGUACAAACCCUUGGUGGAGCAAUAUCCAGACUCUCCUGUUAUUUUCCACUUGUUCAGCCAAAAUGGAGGAAAAUACUUCAACCGACUUUGGAGGAAACUGAAUCCUCAGAUGAGACAGCAGGUCAAAGGAUUCGUUUUCGAUAGGUGAGUCGGACAAUGGGACCGUCAGCAACCGCCUCAAAAUAUGGCCUAAACUGACGGAUUUUCACAAUACUGUCAGAGGUGAUUAGUACCACUUUUCUUCAAGAGAAACAAAAUUUUGAAUUAACAGUUCCAAAGAUCCACAAAGACCGGUGUUUUAUAAUAAAAGAGGGUAAAUCGCCGGACCUUUAAUCUCGAAAGUUACAGUGCGGGCCAAAGGAACCCUUUACUUUACUCUGCAAAGAUUAACAGUUUAGUGUUUUAUUUUCAGUGCCCCAAGUCUCUUCCCUCUCAACCCAAUGUACUACAUCAACGCUCGAUUCUUCAUGUGGCCCAAGUCUGAGAAAACAAAUGGCAACUUUUUCUUCAAAGCCAUCCCCACCGAACUUCUGAACUCUCUUCAUUACGCCUCGGCCAUCGGAACUUGGCAAUUUGAUCAGUAUAUAAACGAGCUCAGAACUCUAGACCUACCCCACAAUCAAUUGUACAUCUGCUCUAAGGAUGAUCGUCUAAUCAGAUAUGGGGAUAUGGAAGGAUUUGCGGCGGAUCAAAUGAAAAGAGGCAAAUCGGUGGAAAUAAAGGCUUGGGCAAAGGGAUUACAUUGCGACCACUUCAGGGAAAAGCCAGCCGAGUAUCAAGAUGUUUGUGAGAGAUUUUUGCAGCGAGUUGUGGGAGAAGACUUUGUCCGAAACAAGGCAAAGAUAUAG